AUGGUCCAGUUUGAGGCUGUGGUUCUGCAACGUGCCGACGGCCAAGAGGCCGAGAAACCCAGAGAAGCCACCAUUGGCCGAGAAAAGAUAGAGUGGAAAGAAAGAACUUGCCUGAACGCACAAGAGGUGCAGUUACUAUGCAUGAACAGCGUUGAUCCUACGUGGGGUGUGAUAUGUUAUGAACCUAUGAGCUUCUCGGCAGUACGCAUGCUCAGGUUCUUCACCGAGCUCCAAGCAUGGGAAAUAUUUGCACAUUCGAUUCUGCUCAAACACCCUACCCCGUACGCGAGCUUACAACAUCUCAGAAUCAGAGAAAUGGCUGCCUCAUCUACUCGACUAUGGCAAUCCACCCCCUUCUUUUUCUCGGUUCUUGGAAGGAUAAAAACGACAAUGUGUGAUUCGACGAUCGCGUUCCUUGAAGAGCUGCUUGUUGACAGGCAUGCUGUGACGCGGUGA